GGCUUGACCUUCCCGGAGGAGCAGUCGGUGUCGGAGGCCGCGCGGAUCGACUGCGAGCGCCGCCGCCAGGCCGUCAGCCAGUGGGCAGCCCAGAGGAGCAUCAGCAUCCAGACGCCCCCGGCGGUGGACGAUGCGCCGGCGCGGUUCUUCCGCGAGGAGUUCCUGGGCGGGGGGCGAGAGCAGCGACGCUUGGAAGUUUACGGCAGCCCUGGCCUUCGCGAGGCCCGACCUGGCCGCGCGGCAGGGGCGGCUCCCCCGCGCGGGGCGAGCCGCGAAGGGCUGGGCUCGCCUUGCCCCAGCCCGGUCGCGCCUGCCCCUGCCGUGGCCGGUGGUCUGCCUGAUCAUCGAGACGAUGUGCGGCCGGGGCUCGUGGCCUUCGCUUGGAUCGCGGCGGUGGCCUUCGCCCUGUAUCUUCGGCCUCGCGAGGCCUUGGACCUGGCGCAGUCCCAGCUGGUCCCGCCAGGCUUCGCGACGGCCACCGGCGCGCGCUCGUGGUGUGUCGUGCUCCACAUGUUCGAACGCCUCGCGCCGUCCAAGACGGGGGUGUUCGACGAGAGCCUCCUGGUCGACUCAGCUUGCUUCCCGUGGAUGUCGAGCCUCGUCGCCGAGCUGCACCGCAGGACGCCCGCCGGGCAUCGCCUGUUCCCAGUGACCUACGCCCGGUGGAACUACCACUUCAAGGCCGUCGUCAGCAGCCUCGGCCUCAACGUCCUGGGCAACUUGAGCUUGCGCCAGCUCCUGCACGGGGGGGCCAGCCACGAGCUGUGCGCGGCGGCGCGGCCCCUGAAGGACAUCCAGAAGCGCGGCCGCUGGGCCACAAACGCCGCGCUGCACAGGUACGCGAAGGGAGGGCGCGUGCAGGAGCAGCUCCGCCGGCUGCCGCCCGGGCUCCAGGCCCAGGCCGAGCGCGCGUUCUCCCGGCGCGCAGGCCGCGGUAUCUUCCUGGAGGUCUUCAGCGGCGCCAGGAGGAUGUCGGCGGCUUGGCGCCUGGCUUUCAAGGCGCAGCAUGCCGCCUUCGAGCUGGACUUCAAGAACUCGUCCAGCCACGACCUGCUCCUCGGGCGA